AACUUUCACCAUGGACGCAGGCAACCAAAAUCCCAACGAUCGCUUCAUGGAACUCGACCCCAAUCCUUACCAUCGCCAUCCAUCUCGCGAUGUCUACAGUCCAAUGCCUGCCUCGAACCUCCUGCAUGGUGAGGCCAAAGCCUCCGCCAUCCACGAUACCCCAGACAUGCUGUCCCGUCACCGAACAGCCUCAACAUUUGAUGCUGAGAAUCAAUUUCCCGACCAGUCUUCUUCCUCAGACCCUCUCGACCUCUCCCGUCGUCUAAAGUCAAGGUCAGAACUCGACCGCAUCACCGCCAACACUGCUCGCAAACGGAAUGCCAUCUGCAGUCCCCUCGGUAUCACCGGCCAAAAUGCCUCCUCCCAAGUCGUCGACUUCUACAAGAACCAGAACGAGCAGAUUGAAAACUUUCUGAAGCCCGUGGAUCAACAUGUUCGCGAAGCACGAGAUACUCAUGCCUCCAACCAUCUCCAAUACAAGAUUGCCGUCUACGGAAGUUUCGGCGCAAACAUCUGUCUUGCUGCUCUCCAGGUUUAUGGCGCUAUUGCCUCAGGCUCCUUAUCUCUGUUCACCACCAUGGCGGAUUCCAUCUUCGACCCGCUUUCCAACCUCACCCUCAUCUUGUCUCACAAGGCUGUUCAAAAGGUCGAUGCCCGCAAAUUCCCCGCGGGAAAGGCUCGCAUUGAAAACGCCGGCAACAUUGUAUUUUGCUUUCUCAUGAUUGCGGUCAGUUUCAUCUUGAUUGCAUUUUCCAUCCAAGAUCUCAGCCAGGGCUCCACGGAUGAAACCAAAAGCUUUCAUCUGCCCUCAGUCAUCGCAGUCAGCAUUGCCUUUUGCACAAAAUUUCUCCUCUUCCUCUACUGUUGGGCUCUGCGCAACCAGUAUUCCCAAAUUCGCAUUCUGUGGGAGGAUCACCGCAAUGAUCUUUUCGUCAACGGCUUUGGUAUUUUGACCUCUGUCGGUGGUUCUAAGCUGAGAUGGUGGCUUGACCCUGCUGGUGCCAUUGUCCUAUCCGUCCUCAUCACAUUUCUCUGGCUACGCACUGCAUACUCGGAAUUCCAACUGCUCAUUGGCAUCACCGCCGACACGGAAACCCAGCAACUCAUCACUUAUGUCAGCAUGACACACAGUGAACGUAUCAAGCAGAUCGAUACUGUCCGCGCCUGGCAUUCUGGCCCAAGGCUGGUCGUUGAGGUCGAUGUCGUCAUGGACCCAGAUGAGACUCUCCGCGUUUGUCAUGAUAUCGCCGAAGAAUUGCAGAUGAAGCUUGAGAGUCUACCGGAUAUCGAAAGGGCUUAUGUUCACAUCGAUUUUGAAACCACCCAUAAACCAGAGCACUUUGUGAAAAAGGAAAUCUAGACAACUAUAUUAUCAAGGCUGGAGCCUUAGGCCGAGACCAAUUUUCCGUUAAACGCAGACGACUUGCAUCGCCUUUUCGCUCCAAAGCUUGCACCACAACGGCAUUUGAUGUUUCUUUGACCUCACCUUUCUAUACCUGGCCAUGCCUCAUAAUUUGGAUUCGCCCACGGCUCAAUUCUUCCUCUGUUUCAACUGGAGCAUCGAUAUGUCCGUUGAAUUCACCCUUUGGAUCUAUCAAGAAAGCGGCCGCUAGAGCACAUUGCAUAAAUUAGCCAGGGUUUCUUCAUGAAAUAUGAUCGCCUCCUCCACCUACCAAGGAUCC